AUGUGUACAUAUCACAAGGAGCGCGGCCACUACACUACACAAUGCCAACCUUUCAAAAGGUAUCUGGAAGAGCUUGCGACAGCUGGGCAUCUAAAUCAGUGGAUUGACGUUCGGCGAAGUCCAUUCCCUCCACCUCCACCGCUCAUCGGCAAUCUCGUAAGUGUUAUACAAAGACUGGUUUUCGAAGACAGGGCAGCCGAGCUUCGUUCAGAGAUUGACAGAGCCACCACCUCUUUGCCCGUUUGCAACGUCGGCAUUUCGAGAAAGCGGCAAUGGGAAGAUCCGAGCCUCGGCAACCCUAUUACUUUUUCGUCUGACGACUUGAAAGGAGUGCAGCUCCCUCAUACGGACGCCCUCGUUGUUAUUGUUACUAUUGACAAAUCAAUCGUUCAAUGGGUAUUGAUAGAUCAAGGAAGCUCGGCGGACGUAAUGUUUUACUCAACAUUUAAGAGCCUCGGAUUAUCUCCCGCUCAACUUCGGACAGCAUCCACUCCUCUCAUCAGUUUUACUGGAGCCCCGGUCCGGCCACUCGGCUUGAUCACUCUCCCUGUGCGGGCUGGAUCACGGGUUCUUGAGAUCGAGUUUGUGGUGGUCGCUUCUCCCAACCCAUACAACGUAAUACUCGGCCAAACCUGGCUACACGAGAUGAAGGCAGUCACUUCUACCUUUCAUCAAGUGGUAAAAUUUGUUGGAUGGAAUGGUCGUCAGGAAAGCCUCCGAGGGGAUCAGAUCCAGUCAAAAAAAUGCUACAUCAGCACCGUAACAAACAAGCAGAGCUUUAUGGAAGUACAUUGCGUGGCAGCCACUCCUGUCCCAGCAAUCGAAGAUGUUGAUGUGCCGGCCGAGCAAAGGUCUGCCGAGGAGUUAAUACGAUUUUCAAUUCCCGAGAGAGAAGGAAGAUAUUUUUUAAUUGGGAGUUCUUUGAGCGUAGCCGAACGCAAGGAGAUGUUUACUUCUUGA